CUGUAUGUGAAUAACCCCGACAAACGCAGUUACACUUCCUUGCGGGGACAAAUUUCGCAGCGGGGAUAUUUUUUCUAAACUUGACCCACUGACCUGAAAAUAUGUCAGUGGGCCUACGUGUCUUACGAGGCCCUGAUUGGUCAAGUGAGGAGCGUGAUGGAGGUGAAGGUCACCUAGGCACGGUGGUCAGCGUGGGCGGAGAGGGGACGUGCGAGGUUCUGUGGGACAGUGGCAACAGAUGCAUGUGCCGGAUAGGAAAGUUCGGCAAGCACGAUCUCAGGAUCUUCGAUAACGCCACAAUUGGGGUUCGCCACAGUGAUGUAUUCUGUGAUGGGUGUGACACUCAGGGUAUUGCUGGGAUGCGGUGGACUUGUGCGCAGUGCAAGCGUUGCAACCUGUGUUCGUUGUGCUACGUCACUGACAAACACGACCUGUCACAUGAGUUCCUGAGAUACGACACGCCCACCUCUAAAGGUGUGAAGGUCAAGAAGCGUUCUGCGAGUCUGAAGAUCCGGGCAAUGGGGUUGUUCCCAGGGGCACAGGUAAAGCGAGGUCCGGACUGGAACAGCGCCAACCUAGAUGGUGGGUCUGGAAAAAUUGGCCAGAUCAUUAGCCUCUCUAACAGCGUCUCCACCCCUACAACACGCAACAUGGUCAAGGUGAAGUGGUCGAAUGGCGAAGUUAGUAGCCAUCGAGUGGGCUAUCAGGGAAAGGUGGACCUGCAGUACACAGACGAGAGCCCAGGGACCUAUUACUACAAAGAGCACCUACCUUUUCUAGACACAGACAGUGCCCAGCAGACUCCGGUCAAGCAGCCGGAGGUUCUCCAAGUGGGAGACAAGGUGUACAUACAUGUUCCUGCAGCUUCCCUCAAGGCUCUACAGAGUGACCGGUCAGGCUGGACAUCAGGGAUGGCCAAUUGUAUCGGCAAGGUCGGGAUCCUGAAGGGGUUUGCACCUUCCGGGGAUGCUACUGUAGAGUUUGGGGGCAUGCGCUUCAGAUUCACCCCUGAAGCACUGAGAAAGAUUCCAAACUUGAAACUAGGCGAUGUUGUCAAGUUGAUCAGCGAGGAAGAUAGGGUCAAGGCUCUACAAGAUGACCAUGGGGGUUGGAUUUCAGACUUGAAGCAGGUCUUGGGGAAGUGUGGAAAGAUCGUGAAGGUCGAUAACGACGGGGAUGUUAUUCUGGCAUUUGGCAAGAGGACGUUCCUGUUGAACCCAGCUUGCUGUGUACCUGCUCCAGGGGAGAAAGUUUUUGAACUGGUGGAAUCUGCGUCCUCUCCCAGAUCUUCAGGGUCAGGAGUCACUGACACACAUGCCGAUCUCUUGAAGCUGAUGGCAGCAAUGAUGAUGAAAGAUGUUAGGGAACAUUUGGCAGCAGACCCAGAUCUCCUGUAUCAGGCAAUUGGGAAAGGAGACGUUGGAAUGGUCAGGUCAAUUGUCAGCAAGGCUCCCAAAAUGCUUAACGUCAAACACAAGGGUGUGACCCCACUAAUUCUGGCCGCCCAUGAUGGUCAGUUUGAGGUUGUGAAGGUGCUGCUGGAGCUGGGAGCGGACACUAGCUCAACAGAUGGGAAGGGACAUACUGCCCUGCAUGCUGCUCUCAUUGGAAAGAAGGAGAAAACAGCCCAGCUGCUGUUGGAGAAAGGGGCCAGUGUACAGGUGUGUAACCAUCAGAACAGGACAGCCCUUCACUUCGCCGCCUUUGCAAACCUUCCGCAUGUCAUGAUGGAGCUCAUCAAGAAGGGAUGCAACGUCAACGCAAAGGAUGUAGUUGGUGACACAGCCCUCCAUGAUGCCAUUCAGAAGGGGAACAGGGAGGCUGUUGACCUUCUGAUGAGAGCUGCCAAGAUUGACCUCCGCAUUCCCAACAAGAAAGGGUUCAAUCCACUGCAGUUUGCUGCCUUCACCGGAAACACCAGCGCCACACAGGCCAUUUUGAAGAGAGACGCGGGCGUUGUGAAUCUUCAGAAGGGUGAGGACAAUUUUGCCGCCCUGCAUAUUGCUACCAUCAAUGACCAUGUGGAAUGUGCCAGACUUCUUAUUGACCUGGGGAAGGCCAAGGUGAAUAUCCAGGGUGCUAAUGGAUCCACAGCCCUCCACCUGGCAUGUCAUGAGGCUCUAUACAGGACAGCAGAGUUGCUCUUGGAGAAAGGUGCUGACCCCAAUUUGAAGGAUGUGAGUGGCAACACAGCUUUACACAUCACCUUGGGUGCAGACAAAUCUACAGGAGGCGGUACAGAACAUCGUCUGUUGGCUGCACUACUUGGACUGACGGCUCGUAGGGACGGCGAGACGCUUGCGAUGAAGCCUGGCUUGUCUGCUGCUGCAGAAGAACGCCAUCGUAGAUGCAAAGAACAAUAGGGGCGCCACACCACUCGAGGUUGCCAAGAGUCCCACAGUUCGUCAGGCAGUGCAGCUGUUUAUCAGACAAAAUCAGGGUUCUAUCCAGCGUUCCACCCCCUCCAGCCAACAAGGGCUUGGGGCAAGGUUCCGGAUGGGCAGUACAUUGUUUGAUAUGCAUCUCCCAUGUGCCAAGUGCAUGGACAAGAUGGCGGACAUAACCCUGAUGCCAUGCGGCCACAAGGUCCUGUGUCGACAGUGUUGCCUGAUCACCGAGAUAUGUCCUCUCUGUGACACCCACAUUGAACGCAGACUUGCCAAAAGAGAGCAAGCUGACCUUGACCCACCCUGCAAAGUUCAGUGAAACACCUUGGAUUGACGAGGAUGGAGUUGAUCAUCUAAUCAGACUUUUGAUAAGAUACAGAUGAAGCAAGACUCUUUUUGUUACCUUCCAUAAUUGGAGUUACAUAUUUCCCUGGGGUGGCAUAUCGGAUUUAUCAUCAGGUGUAGAAAUUUGCUUGUUUGGCAUUUAGCCAUCUCCCUAUGUGGAUAUUAGCAUGUAAUAAAGCCUCCUUUACCCA